AUAUGUCUGCUACCCGCUUCCUAAACCUCUGCCGUAGAUCCGGAAAACCUACAACACGCAAACAAUAGUGUUAACUUACCACCCGACAAAUACCUGGAUAUCGUUUUGUAUUCCGAAUAGUAUUAUCUAUUAAACCCUAAUUUUAAAAAUGAUGUGAAAUCGAAACCUUUAGAAACAAGCCUAAUUACCUCACAAAACAACACGCCUAUUUAACGUGCACACGCAAAGUAUUGCCAAGCCAGAAGUUGUGUCACGAUCCGCAGGAAUCAACACCAACCUCAAUCGUCGAUAGUAAAUCCGAAGAGAAGACAAAAUGUUGGAAACUUUACUUGGCGACGACAGAGAACUUUUGAAACGUAUUAGUAUAUUCUUUCACAUUUGGGCAGUGAUAACAUUCGUAGUGCUCUUCCUAAUUCCGGCACCCUAUGGUCGCUAUUCUUCUCGCGUUUGGGGUUACUUAAUUAAUUGCAAGGUUGCUUGGGUUGUACAAGAAUCGCCUUGCCUCUGGCUCCCCGCGUGUCUCUUUCUAUUCGCCGACUCACCCCAGUUGAAAGAAUGGCCCAACAGAAUCCUUGUAUGCCUUUUUCUGUUGCAUUAUUUCCAAAGGACCUGUAUCUUUUCAGUAUUGAUCCGUGGAGGUAAACCAUCACCCCUGUCAACAGUCUCUUUAGCAUUUAUCUUCUGUUUCUUCAACUCUUACAUACAAGUUCGCUCACUCAUGAAAUAUUCAAUCUUUCCUCCAAACUGGCUUUACAGUUUCCAGUUCAUAACAGGCUGUAUCUUAUUCUUCAUCGGGAUGGCCAUCAACAUCCAUUCAGACCAUAUUCUACGAACAUUACGGAAACCUAACGAAACAGGAUACAAAAUCCCACAAGGUGGAAUGUUCAAAUAUGUAACCGCUGCUAAUUUAUUUGGAGAAAUAGUUGAAUGGUGUGGCUUUGCUAUUGCAUGCUGGUCACUUCAUGCUUCAGCAUUUGCAUUGAGCACAUUCUGUGUACUUAUCCCACGUAGCUACACUCAUCACAAGUUUUAUUUGCAGAAAUUGGACAACUAUCCAAAGACCAGGAAGAUUGCCAUUCCCUUCAUUUGGUGAUUACUUCACAAAGGAAUCUUGGUAUUGGCACCUGUUAUUGGUGCUACAAGUGGCUGUGUGAUGACUUCAGCAAUUUUUGUUAAUGAAUGUUACGAGUAGCAAAGUUGAACUCACCUAUUUUAAUUGUAUCAUGCUUUGAUAAACUGAUGCAUAAUCCA